ACCCUUGAUACAACUAAAGCCAUGACAUUUCAUGGCGCAAGUGCGAGAAUUAGUGUGUAUAAUUUAUCGCUUCAAUCAAAUCAAUACAGCAUAUCUGCAAUUUGGAUUCAAAGUGGCCCACCUACAGAACUCAAUAGUAUACAAGUUGGAAUUGGUGUUCAUCCAAGCUUAUAUGGAGACAGUCAAAUACAUUUAACUGCACAUUGGACAGUAGAUGGCUAUAAAAAAACGGGAUGUUUUAAUAGUAUGUGCCCAGGUUUUGUGCAAGUCAAUCCGGGAUCAGGCUUAGGAGUAGUCAUUCAAAAUAGCUCUAUCAUUGGAUCAGAAGAAAAAUCUGCAUAUCCUAUCGAAGUCAAACAGGAUCAAUUUACAGGUCAUUGGUGGUUAAUUGCUAGUAAAUCUCACGCACCAGUUGGAUAUUGGCCGAAAGGAAUAUUCACUCACUUAAGUCAGGGUUCAUCUUUAAUCAGAUAUGGUGGUGAAACAUUUGCUCCACCGAAUAUGAUAAGUCCCCCUAUGGGCAGUGGAAGAUUGCCUAAGGAGUUAUACAAAAACUCGGGUUUCAUUGUAAAUCUUGAGAUUGUGGAUUCAAAUUACAAUAAAAUUCAAGUAAAUCCCAAGGACAUGAAGUCAAACUGCGAUACAACGCCAAAUUGUUAUGACUUAUUGUACCAUGGUUAUGAAGGACCUAUUGUUCAACAGUCCUUUCUUUUUGGUGGACCAGGUGGACGAUGUGGUAUAUGAUGAUUAUA